AUGCCUAGACGUAGACGAACAGAAGAUGCUAACAUGGAUUCUUAUUUACAUGAGAAGCAAGAACUCCGUUCAACCUUAGAUCGUUUUGCCGAUGACACUUCCAUGUUAGGAUUUCGAUAUUUACAUACUCGAUAUAAAACAUGGUUCAGAUUUGUAUGGGCAUUAGUUCUUUUUUUCUUCCUCGGCCUCACUGUGUACCAGGUAUGCGAACGAGUUGCCUAUUACUUCAUCAGAAAUCCUUUAACCACACGAAGGUCAUACGACACACCUCAAAUGAUGAAGUUCCCCACUAUAGGCAUCUGUAAUAAAAUGCAAAUCAGAGUUUCUUCAAUCGUCGAGAGAAAACCGGAGCUGGUGAAAGCAAUCUGUAACGUUUACGAUAGUGAUGGGCAGAUAUCACAGAAUAUCUCAGUUUUGGAAUCUUUGAAAGAAUUUGAUAAUACCGAUCUUCUGGAUGUAUACCGAACUGCUCACCAAACUGUGGAUGAUUUUUUCGUAAGUUGCGAGCUCGGGAAGUCAGGAUCAUGCCAAGACGACAUCAAACCUAUUUUCACAGCUGACGGUUUAUGCUUCGCUGUAACUCCAAAUGUCACUGUUCGUCGACCAGGACCGGAAACAACACUUUCUUUACUUCUAAAUUUGGAAGUUUAUGAGACUAUUCCUGGAAUGGUGAUUGAUCCAGGAGUUACGCUUUCAAUUUAUGAAGAAGGCCAAAGAAUAACCGAUUAUGCUCAAGGUAUUCAUUUGGAAGCUGGAAAGAUAGUGACAAUACCUAUUAAUGAAGUUCGAAAGCUUUCUCGUUAUGAGCAACAUUGCGGCAAAAGAGAUAUUGGUCCCUUCGAUCUACACGAAUACUCAUUGGCUGCAUGCAAAUGGGCGAAUACGGUAGAGAGGAUCGAAGGUGAAUGUGGAUGUAGCCCCGUCUUGAGCCCUUACCAUCGUAAUUAUAUGGUUGGAGAAGGAAAGAUGAAUAAAACAAAGAGAGGAAAGCGGAGAAGACCUGUUUGCACCUUUUAUCAGGAGAUGGGAUGCGUUUCAAGAGUAAUGUCAUCAGAAUCAGAAGAUGUCUCUCUGGCACAGCAGUGUCCAGAGGAUUGCACUGACGUUACGUAUUCUUCAGUAGUUUUCGGAGGGAAACUAGUCCCUUCCGAGAUAUUGACUAUGCUUCCAAGUGAUUGGGAAGAUUUGAAAGAGAAACGGCUGACAGAAUUUCAAAAAGCUUUGGAGGUAAUCCCCAAUGAGAGAAUUCCCGUCGUUCGGGCUGUUCAGUCUCUUGCAAUAGAAGCUCAGAACUUCUUUCACUUGGCAACUGAGCUUUUUGAUGUACAAACUGACGAGUUUCGGACCCCUUGCUUCAUUUCAAGCGUCAUAAGAUCUUCAGAGUACAGUUUGAUGAAAUAUAGAUCAACGGAAUCCAUUUGGGAGAGAGUGACAACUUACGUUACAAGAAGUCUAUCAAGAGAAUUGAAUAGUACAGCUCGAACCAUUGGAUUCAUAAUGGACAAAGAUGGAAACAUACAAGAGCAUCAGGGCUUCAUAGCUAACUACUCGAUGAUAGCUUUGUCUCUGUUGCAACUUGGAUCCACCGAAGCUCAUUUGUCGCAUCCAGCUCAUACGUUUGGCUUGAAACAGAUGGAAGAAUCUGUUCGAAAAACAGUUAUCUCUUAUGUUUUACCUUUCAUUCGAGAACUAAAGAGCUGCGUCAUGAAGCUGCAUGAUACAAGUGAGAACUCUGAGCUGACAUCCGGAGAAUGUCGAAAAAUUUUCAAAAGAUAUUAUGGCGUUCUAUUAGAUGCUCAAACAGUUUAUCAUAUGGCUAAUAGGAAUUCAUUAGCCUAUCAGGCAUAUGAGGACGUCAUGAAGAAAGUGCAAUCUGCUCUUCGAAAUGUGUAUUCAACGAAUCGAAUAAAAGUUCUUGAUUGGCAUAAUCAUCAGAUAAAUAUAAAACAAUUUGAGAAUCUAUACAGGGAGGGGGGUCAUGACAAUGUGGAAAUUGUCGAAUUGAUGAAACUUCGAAAGCCAAUGACUUCAGAUAUAAUCGAUGCCAUAAAUGAAGUCAUAAAAGAAUUACAUCAUGGUUUGGAUGCACGGAAUCGUUUUUUGAACAAAAUGCAAAUAAACGAUGAUGGUGAUUCAGCGGCCGGCAUUCUGACAACUAUACGUUGCCUUCAGAAUAUUACCGAGCGAAUACCACUUUUGAAGAAAAGCUCAUUCUUACGCGGAGAAUGGUUAAGUCGUGUUCAUAGACAAGUUCAAAUUGCUCAAUCAUACUCUCCAUCGCCUCAAUAUGAUCAAGUAAAUUUACUUCAUGUAAAGCUCUAUUUUGCUCAUUUCAAACAGGAAACUAUCAUUCAGGAAAGGUCAUAUAAUAUGUUUUUAUUACUCGCUGAAAUCGGAGGUACAAUAGGCUUGUAUGUCGGAGCAACUCUAUUGACAGUAGCUGAAACUAUUGUUUUCUUUUUUGAACGAAGAACAAGAUUGACUUUCAUAAAGCCAGCUCACAUAUAA